UCUCCUCCUAUUGGUGGAGCGGCAGGUCAGCUGAUGCGGCAAUGUUGCACGUGCGUGACUCGCUCUGGAUUCAAGAUGGCGGCGUCACUGUGGCGGUGCUCCCAGCUGCUUGGUAAAAAUGUUUUGCCACCUCGCUCCCGGCCACUGGUGUCCUCCUGUUUUAGAGGAGAUGCUUACAGAUUACACAGGAGUGCAGCAGCAUUGCAGGUGCGAUAUGCCUCAGGACGUAAAGGUUUCCUGGGAGAGUUUGUGGACAACCUUCGUCAGGAGUUCAGUGACAAUCGGGAACUGAAGGAGAACAUCAAGAAGUUCAGAGAUGAGGCCAAGAGGCUGGAGGAAUCCAAUGCACUCCAACAGGCACGCAGGAAAUAUAAAUCUAUAGAGUCGGAGACAGUGAGGACCUCUGAAGUAUUUAAAAAGACACUGGACUUCUCGUUGGAAUCUAUGAAGGAGGCUAUCAAGAAGGUGAGCCACACAGACAUUGGGAAGAAGAUGAAAGAAGGCGUGGAAGAAGCUGCACGCACUGCCAUGCACUCGGCUGAAACUGUCUCCAAGGGAGGAGAACGAUUGGGCAAGACCGAUGCCUUCAAGGCUAUCUCACAGGGUGUGGAGAACAUGAAGAAGGAGAUCCACGUGGGUGAUGCCGGACCGUAUAGAGCUCCUUCUCAGCUGAGGAAGAGGAGUGAUUUUUCGUCCAAAGGAGCUGCUGAUGACACUGUAGUGUUUGAGCCGAAUACGGAAAGUGUCGGUGUUGUUGUCCACAAUGACUCAAAGUGGGAACAGCAAUGGAGGGACUUCAAAGACAAUAACAUGGUUUUUAACAGGUUCUUAAACAUGAAGCUGAAAUACGAUGAGAGUGACAAUGCACUCAUCAGGGCAUCCAGAGCCGUGACUAACCUCCUUGGUGGUCUUUUCUCCAAGACGGAGAUUUCAGAAGUACUCACUGAGAUCCUGAAGGCAGACCCCAAAUUUGACAGAGAAUCUUUCCUCAAACAGUGUGAGAAAGACAUAAUCCCAAACAUAUUAGAGGCAAUGAUUCGUGGAGAGUUGCAUGUAUUAAAGGAUUGGUGCUAUGAAGCGACUUACAGUCAGCUUGCAUAUCCCAUCCAGCAAGCCAAAGGUUUGGGGUUACUGUUACAGUCCAAAGUCCUUGAUAUUGAUAAUAUUGAUUUGGCCAUGGGGAAGAUGAUGGACCAAGGCCCAGUGUUGAUCAUCACCUUCCAGGCCCAAGUCGUCAUGGUGAUUCGUAGUCCCAAAGGGGACAUAGUGGAAGGAGAUCCGGAGAAAGUGCUGAGGAUGAUGUAUGUGUGGGCGCUGUGUCGUGACCAGCAGGAGCUGAACCCCAGUGCGGCGUGGAGACUACUGGACAUCUCCGCCUCCAGCACCGAGCAGGUUCUCUAGGACAAGAAAGAGAAGAGCAAAGUAGGGAGUGAAAAGAGACACACAAACGGAGAGAUAAGGGCAGAAGGAUAAGCCCGGUAUGCUUGCACAUACACAGACUGGUGGUAUUUUGUGUCACUGCCUCUUUUUGCCAUUUCAUAGACUUUGUGUGUCGGUUUAUGAAACCAGACAGUGAGCUGCUCGCCGAGUUGACUGAGAUGCUGAAACUAAUGACAAGAAGAGCCUAAACCAGGUGGCUAAAUUUGUAUUUAUGGUGGAAAAGCUUCAAGUUGGACAGGUCUAAAAGGUAUACUGCACUAUUUAGGGAAUUUUACCUACCGUUCACAAUCAUUAUGAGAGACAUGAUGUCGGAUGGAUUUCUAACUUACAGCAGAGCCAAUAGAAGCGUUACUAUUCCGCCCAUUAAAUCCGAUAAAUAAACAUUCAAAAAGCGCUAACAAUACUUCAUUUACAUUUUUUUACUUGAAUACAACCAAGUAUUUGUCUUAUUGUUAUUAUAAUCACUAACGCAUACAAAUUAUUUAUACUUGUUUACAUCGAGUGUUCUGCUGCUUCCUCGCUUCCCUGCUCCCUGUAAAUUUAUUUCAGACUAUAAAUCAUGCCUCUGACCUGAAAAAUAAAUGGCUGAGAAUAUAAUCCGACAAGUUGAAAUACUUUGACAGCUAUUUAGUAGGGAUGUCUGAUAAUAUCGGCCGAUAAAUGCUUCAAAAUGUUUGUUUGUUUUUUUUACUUUUUAUUCGACUCCUUUUACUAUCUUGUUUAGCUCAUUCAUUGUUUAUGUUCUUUGUUAUUUUUUUUGCGUUUUUUUUUUUUUUUGCUCUAUGCUUUUGAACCUGUAAAGCACUUUGGUUCAAUUUAAAAAUUGUUAUAAAUGUGCUAUAUAAAUAAAGUUGCCUAGCCUUGACUUGGCUAAUAUCGGAAAUUAUCGGUAUCUGUUUCAAAAUUAUUGGUAUCUCUUUCAAAAAGUUAAAUUUAUGACUUUUUAAAACGCAGCUGUGUACACGGACGUAGGGAGAAGUACAGAGCACCAAUAAACCUUAAAGGCACUGCCUUUGCGUGCCGGCCCAGUCACAUAUCUACGGCUUUUCACACAUACAAGUGAAUGCAACGCAUACUUUGUCAACAGCCAUACAAGUCACACUGAGGGUGGCCGUAUAAACAACUUUAACACUGUUACAAAUAUGCGCCACACUGUUAACCCACACCAAACAAGAAUGACAAACACAUUUUGGGAGAACAUCUGCACCGUAACACAACAUAAACACAACAGAACAAAUACCCCGAACCCCUUGCAGCACUAACCCUUCCGGGACGCUACAAUAUACAACCCCCCCUCCCUCCCUCCACACGCUCUCUCGGGGAGAGCAUGUCCGAAUUCCAAGCUGCUGUUUUGAGGCAUGUUAAUAAAAUAAUGCACUUUGUGACUUCAAUAAUAAAUAUGGCAGUGCCACGUUGGUAUUUUUUCCAUAACUUGAGUUGAUUUAUUUUUGGAAAACCUUGUUUCAUUGUUUAAUGCAUCCAACAAAAUGAGGCAUAAUAAUGUGUUCAUUCCACGACUGUAUAUAAAGCACUUUGGUUCAAUUUAAAAAUUCGGUUGAUAUCGGAAUCUGUAAUUAAGAGUUGGACAAUAUCGGAUAUCGGCAAAAAAGUCAUUAUGGGACAUCUCUACUAUUUAAGACCUGGAACUGGCGAGGACGACAUGAAAAGUGCUUGUUUCCUCACCCCACCCUGUUUACUCGCGAGGAUUAUCAGACAUUUCUCAUCUAAAUGGGAAUAUAUGAACAUCCGAGCAGUCUGCAUUCUAAUGACAGCAGACCUUGUACAGUAAAUGUUUUAUUAUGUUUGUCGGCUCUUAUAAAGUCUGCAGUGAGUAUUAAGUGAAGAAGGAAAAUAGCAAAAUGUGAUGUGUUUUUGAAAUGAAUGAAAAUAAGUAAAUAUUAAAUGUUAUUAUAAAUGUUACUACAUUACAUCUAUACUUACAUCAUUUAGAUAAAACCUUAAUGGAGGUGUUUGGAUUUUCUUUAGAGGCUCUAUAGGCAGAAUUGAACAUAAGCUCCAUUGUAAACUGACGUUUGACCACAUUUAAUAUUUAAAAUGCUUUUUUUUUUUAAUUCCAUCUGUCAUGUCUCUCAUAAUGAUUGUGAACGAUAGGAAAAAAAAAAGUGCAGUUCUACUCUAAGGAUGCUCUGCUCUCUGUCAAAUACUUGAAACUCUGUACGUUGUAGGCAAAAAACAUGCACGGUAACUCCAUAUUAUGCUUUCCAAACAUGUCAUAGCAAAUAGGUUACCAUAGAUACCAUCAAACAAAUGCAAGAUUCAAAGUUUUGGCAAAAAACAAAACGGGCAAUAUUCAAAUAAUUUAUUUAACUGGGAAUGAAACACAUAUUUUGUUACCAUGACCACCCUUUUUUGUUAUUUUCUCUGAAGCCCGUAUAACAGGAGUCUCAAACAAGCGGCCAAUUGCGGCUUGCGAGUUUUAUAUGAAUGGCGUUUUACAGAGUCGUACUUGUAUACCCUCAAUUUUUCCGGGAGACUCCCAAUUUUAAGUCCCCCCCAGAGGUAAUCCCUCUCCCGAAUUUCACCCAAACAACAAUAUUGAGGUGGCACCGUGGAGGCACUGCCUUUAGCAUCCUCUACAACCUGUAAAAACAGUGUGCCAGCCCAGCCCCAUGUUGUAUUUGGCUUCUGUAAACGCAGUAAGCGACUGCAAGACAGACUUGAUCAACAGCCACACAGGUCGCACUGAAGGUGGCCGUACAAACAACUUUAUCACUGUUACAAAUAUGCGCCACAUUGUGAACCCACACCGAACAAGAAUGACAAACACAUCCGCACCGUAACACAUGAUAAACACAACAGAACAAAUACCCAUAACCCCUUGCAGCACUAACUCUUCCGGGCUACAAUAUACACCCCUGCACCCCCCAACCCCGCCCCCUUAUUUUAGCCCGGAAAAGUUAGGGCUGCAUUGGUUUCUGGGUGUUUGUUCUGUUGUGUUUAUAUUGUGUUACGGUGGGGAUGUUCUCCCAAAAUGUGUUUGUCAAUCUUGUUUGGUGUGGGUUCACAGUGUGGCGCAUAUUUGUAACAGUGAUAAAGUUGUUUAUAUGGCCACCCUCAGUGUGACCUGUGUGGCUGUUGAUCAACUAUGUCUUGCAGUCACUUCCAUUGGUCUGCAGAAACCUCGUACAAUAUGUUUGUAUGGUGGAAAAGCGGACGGGACAGCAGGUUGUAGAGGACUCUAAAGGCAGUCACAAAAGGCACCCAGAAGUGAACCAGCGAAAGUGGGGGACAAUUUGAGAAAAAGUUGGAAAAAGGUCUGAAAUUGUUUAAAAAUCCUACCCAGGAUGGAGUUCCAGAAGUCCCGCAGUGAGCUGCACGAGCUCCGGGACCCCCGGGAAUGACCAAAAGAUACCCAGGAGUGAACCAGCCAAAGUCCUUAAUAGUGUUGUCCGGGUGAAAACCGGGAGAAUGAUUGCCCCGGGAGAUUGUUGGGAGGGUGCAGUGAUAUUCGGGUGUUUACCGGAAAGAUCGCGAGAAUUGACAAGUAAGCUUCUAGGGCGGUAAAGCCAUUCUUUCAUCCAUCCAUCCAUCCAUUUCUACCGCUCAUUCCCUUUUGGGGUUAAAAAGUGCAUGUUAGAUUUUUUUAACAAAUCUUUUCUUGCGGCCCAGCCUCACCCAGUUUCUGCAUCCAGUGGCCCGCAGGUAAAUUUGAGACCCCUGCCGUAUAGAAAACAUAAACUGUUGGCCGUAGACAAAGACACAAAUUCUAAAUCAACUUAUAAGGAUUAUAAUGUUCAAUUUAGUCAAACCACAUGUAGAUGACAUAGCUGUUUUUUAUACUUGUGCAUGAAUUUUACUCAAUUCCUAUCAGAACUCAUACUUAAGACAUAUUAGUAAGUGUAUAUUGUCUCACCCUGUGGAACAAAUGUGCAUGCUUGUGUCAUCCGCUUGCAACAUCUUCUCAAACUGGCUCUCUCACACUCGUCAGUGACGUGCGGUCGACUAAACACCAGGUGAGGCAUACAUACUUUUUUUUUCUUCUUAAAUUCACAUGUACAGCUCUAGGCAUUGUUGAUUUAGGUCGCACAUUAGAGUAACAGGAAAAAAAAGGGAGUUAUUUGCUUUCAUAAAAACGUUAUCAUGAUAUUAUGACAUGAUAAAUUGGUCCAAAAACUAUUUGAUAAAGUUAUUAUUAAAUACUUUCUGGUCCCAUUUGCUUUUAACAAAAUAAAUCAAGUAUUGUGAUUGUAUAUUACCUUACUGUAUUUGUAUCUGAAGCAGCAAUAGCUAAGUGCUUUGUAUGAUCGCAUUCAUUUUGUCUUAAAGUCCAGUUUAAAGAAGAAUUUCAUCUUGGAUACAGUAUACAAUCCUCCAGAAACAUUAAUUUAAUUCAAUUUCAUUCCAAGAAAUUAAACAAUAUUUUUGCACCUCAAACGCUGGCUUACUCAAAUAAAAAUGCCGUGUUUGUUUUAAAUAGUUAAAAAAAGAAAAUUAAAAAAUGCUGGCUUCCGCUGGAGAGACCUGUGUCUGCUAGCUUGAGCGCGCCCACUUCUCCCAGUGUGGCAUUGAACUGCAAGUUGACAAUAUAUCGCCCCCUACCUUGAGGCAGAGGUACUUGCUGCCUCAAGACCUGCCUUUUCCAGGUGGCAACAAGCAUGCGGCCCCCAACACACACUGUGUGUAGCCGUGGAGGCACCGCCUGUGUCUGCCUCACUUCUCAUCUGCUGCGUUGUUUUGAUCAGGAAACAUGGAAUUUCCACGAUUUUGACCAUGAAAAUUGUCAAAAUAUACAGGAACCACACCAAAAUCACAUAGAAAGCAUAAACCAAAAGAAAAAUAUUAAAACUUAUUUUACUUUAUUACUUUGUUUUGGAACAUCUCAUGGUUAAGCCCCCUGGUGGCAGGUGAGGCACCGCCUCACUUGCCUCCCCUGACAGCACGUCACUGCCGAUAGUGUAAGACCACGUGUAUUAUAUCUACAUUAUAAUGUUUAAGAGUUUAUUGUACAUAUAUGGGACCACGUUAACGGCAGCCUCACUGAGGAUCUUUUUGAACUUAUUGAGAUGUGUGUUGAUGAAUGUGAAAAGCUGUGUUAAGAACUAUAUUUUUUAUUUAUUAAUACUUGGUUGCCGCGUUUAACUCCAGAGUGAACAUGGUGUAAAUACACUACCACUUUUACUGUUGUUGUUUUUUUAAUGAUCUAUAGACUUCUGUGAGUCAAGAACGGUAAAUGUCCUGCAAAACCCCAUGGGGGGGAAUUCAUGAUUUUCUGUAGCAUAAAUGCUAAUCCUGGUCAAAACAAGAUAUCAGACUUCAUUCUUGGUUCACUGAAAAGCAUUCAUCUGUAUUGUGAGUUGCCUUUUUUUUUCCAUCCAUCCAUCCAUCUUUUUCCGCUUAUCCGAAGUCUGGUCUCUGGGGCAGAAGGCUAAGCAGGGAAGCCUGGACUUCCCUCUCCCCAGCUACUCCGUCUAGCUCUUCCUGGGGGAUCCCAAGGCUUUCCCAGGCCAGCCGGGAGACAUAGUCUUCCCAACGUGUCUUGGGUCUUCCCCGGUCGGGUGUGCCUGAAACACCUCCCUAGGGAGGCGUUCUGGUGGCCCGAACCACCUCAUCUGGCUCCUCCCCAUGUGGAGGAGCAGCGGCUUUACUUUGAGUUCUUCCCGGAUGACAGAGCUUCUCACCCUAUCUCUAAGGGAGAUUCCCGCCACCCGGCGGAGGAAACUCAUUUCGGUUGCUUGUACCCGUGAUCUUAUCCUUUCGGUCAUGACCCAAAGCUCAUGACCAUAGGUGAGGAUAAGAACGUAGAUCGACCGGUAAAUAUAGAGCUUUGCCUUCCGGCUCAGCUCCUUCCUCACCACAACGGAUCGAUACAGCGUCCGCAUUACUGAAGACGCCGCACCGAUCCGCCUGUCGAUCUCACCAUCCACUCGGUGGAUGGUGAGGCGGUACAGCUCGGUUGGUCGAGUGGCCGUGCCAGCAAUUUGAGGGUUGCAGGUUCGAUUCCCGCUUACGCCAUCCUAGUCACUGCCGUUGUGUCCUUGGGCAAGACACUUUGCCCACGUGCUCCCAGUGCCACCCACACUGGUUUAAAUGUAACUUGGAUAUUGGUUGUCACUAUGUAAAGCGCUUUGAGUCAUUAGAGAAAAGCGCUAUAUAAAUGUAAUUCACUUCACUCUUCCCUCGCUCUUGAACAAGAGGUACUUGAACUCCUCCACUUGGGGCAGGGUCUCCUCCCCAACCCGGAGAUGGCACCCCAUCCUUUUCUGAGCGAGAACCCUGGACUCGGACUUGAAGAAGACAGAUCAAGGACCCCGAUUUCCCUCACCUAGACGCGGGUCACCGGGGCCCCCCUCUAGAGCCAGGCCCUAAGGUGGGGCACGAUGGCGAGCGCCUGUUCCCAUGGGGCCCGGCCGGUCCCCCCUACAAUGGGCUCAUCACCCAUAGCAGGGGCCAUAGAGGUCGGGUGCGAUGUGAGCUGGUCCGGCACUUGACGGACCGAUCCUCGGCUACAUAAGCUAGCUCUCUCCUUUUUUUAUCGGCUAAAAAUUACUUUUGCAACACAGGCUUUUUAUUGAUCGCUACAACACGCGACAUGUGUCGCAGGACAAACAAUCGAUCAAACACCUACGUUGGGCCGGAAUGUGCCAACCCCUCUGACAUCCAAAGAGAAACACCUGAGAAAAUUAAACGCCCCCUUGCGUCCUUUUGUUUUUCUCAUUUCAAAGCUGACAGGCUUUGAUAGAUGUGUAUGGAUUUAGCCAUCGUCAUGGCGUGAUAGACCUAUGGAUUGGCUAGUAUGGGGAUGAUGGAUCAGGCUUGAAAAAAAACAAAAAACAACACAUGCCAGUGGAUUGACACACUCAAGGCUGGAUAUAUAGGGGAGCUCAUCCUGUAGCUGUCUGUUGUGAAGGAUGGCCGUGGACGUCUAUACACUUACCAACCUCUAUCCAGCUUCUUAGCCCUGUCUUGUAGGAAUACUUGAAAGUGUAUUGCAUUGUAGCAGCUGCUUCCUGCUCUUUAGUGCAUGUCCGGCAGCCCUGAGCGAUAAGUACUUUGCAUUGGGACUAAAUGAAUGACGUUGAAUGCACCAACACAACAGACAAAGCUGGCGGCAGUGCAAGUCUCUGCUUAUUGCAGCAUCUUUGUGUACAAAAGCACGUCCAAGUAUAAGAGAGCCGCUAUACUAUAUAGUGGCGACAUAGGACAGGAUAGGAUAGGUCUUUAUUGUCAUUGCACAAGUACAACAAAACUUUGUUUUCAGGACAAACCCAUUCAAGAUUAGGUUACAGAACAGGGACGGUGAUGGGUCUCCACAAGGCUGAAACUGAAAAGUUCAGUCCGUAGUGGAUCCAACACAGCCGCAGGAGUCAAGUUCAGCACACCUGAUCAUUCAGUGACGAUAUCACACAUCCAGUUUGCACCCUUCGCAAAGAGAAGAGAGGGAUUGGACACCCUCAUCUGAGUCAUCACUUGCUUUGCCACGCCGAGGGCCAGAGUUGUGCGAUCUGUCACUUCAUGCAGCCACGUACCCAGAACACAGAGUCAUUGCUAGCUAGCUGCUAAGCUAGCGAGGCUAGCAGAGAAAGGCAGAACUGAACUGAACUCUCGCGGCUGUGUUGGAUCCACUAUGGAUUGAACUUUCACAGUAUCAUGUUAGACCCGCUCGACAUCCAUUGCUUUCGGUCCCCUAGAGGGGGGG